UACCUAAUUUGGUGAAGCACAGUAAGCACUGUCUAAGAUUUCACAUUAUCACAAAACAAAUAGUUACAAUAAACAUUAGUGCGAUUCAGCGGAUAAGACGAGCUUGGCUUUCAAUAUUAAACAAAGUGAACAACGGGAAUCAGUGGAAAUUUAGUAAAGAGUAGUCUGGAAGCCUGCGGAUCAGCUUGUCAGCAGCAUACGAUACUUCAGUUCCCCAUUUUACAUUUAACAGCUCGAGCUUCAACAGUAUUUCCUUAUUCCCCGGUAAAAAACAAUAAUCACUCAUCAUGAUGCGCAUGUUCACCGGCUCCCUGCGGCGCACUGCCGGGAUUAAUCAUGUCCUGUUGGCGCGUUCCUACGCCAAGGAUGUGAAGUUCGGUCCCGAGGUAAGGGCCAUGAUGCUGCAAGGAGUGGACGUCCUGGCAGAUGCGGUGGCCGUGACCAUGGGACCAAAGGGACGCAACGUGAUCAUCGAGCAGAGCUGGGGCUCCCCGAAGAUCACCAAGGAUGGCGUGACGGUGGCCAAGUCGAUCGCCCUGAAGGACAAGUUCCAAAACAUCGGGGCCAAGCUGGUCCAGGAUGUGGCCAAUAAUACGAACGAGGAGGCAGGUGACGGGACCACCACUGCCACCGUUCUGGCCCGCGCCAUUGCCAAGGAAGGCUUCGAGAAGAUUUCGCGGGGAGCCAACCCGGUGGAGAUCCGGCGAGGCGUGAUGCUGGCCAUCGAGAAUGUAAAGGACAACCUGAGGAAAAUGUCCCGUCCUGUCAGCACUCCCGAGGAGAUCUGCCAGGUGGCGACCAUCUCGGCUAAUGGGGAUAAGUCGGUGGGCAACCUCAUCAGCGAAGCCAUCAAGAAGGUAGGACGCGACGGGGUGAUCACGGUGAAGGAUGGAAAGACCCUAUGCGACGAGCUGGAGGUGAUCGAGGGCAUGAAGUUCGACCGGGGUUAUAUAUCCCCCUACUUUAUCAACACCUCCAAGGGAGCCAAGGCAGAGUUCCAGGACGCCCUGCUGCUCUUCUGCGAGAAGAAAAUUAAGUCGGCCCAGAGCAUUGUUCCAGCUCUGGAGUUGGCCAACUCCCAGCGCAGGCCACUGGUCAUCAUUGCCGAGGAUCUGGAGGCAGAGGCUCUGAGCACCAUGGUGGUCAAUAGGCUGAAGGUGGGUCUCCAGGUGUGCGCGGUGAAGGCUCCAGGAUUCGGGGACAACCGCAAGGAGAUGCUGGCUGACAUGGCCGUGGCCACUGGGGGAAUAGUGUUCGGGGACGAAGGAAACCUGGUGCGUCUGGAGGACGUUAAGAUGAGCGAUUUUGGACGCGUCGGCGAAGUGUUGGUCACCAAGGACGACACCAUGCUGCUGAAGGGCAAGGGCCAGAAGGCGGAGGUGGCCAAGCGAGUCGAGGGUCUGCGAGAGGCCAUCAAGGAGUCUACUUCUUCUUACGAGAAGGAUAAGAUGCAGGAGCGACUGGCGCGCCUUUCCUCUGGAGUGGCCCUGCUUCGAGUGGGAGGCUCCAGCGAUGUGGAGGUGAGCGAGAAGAAGGAUCGUGUCCACGAUGCCUUGAAUGCUACCCGGGCGGCCGUGGAGGAGGGAAUUGUGCCCGGUGGGGGAACCGCCCUGCUGCGCUGCAUCCAAAAGCUAAACGAUCUGAAGGGCGCCAACGAGGACCAGAACAUGGGCAUCGAGAUCAUCCGGCGGGCGCUGAGAAUGCCGUGCUUGACUAUUGCCAAAAACGCAGGAGUGGAUGGCGCCAUGGUGGUGGCCAAGGUGGAGAUCCUGGACGGGGACUACGGGUACGAUGCCCUGAAGGGCGAGUUCGGCAACAUGAUCGAGCGGGGCAUCAUCGACCCCACCAAGGUGGUGCGAACGGCCAUCUCGGACGCCGCCGGAGUCGCCUCGCUCCUGACCACCGCCGAGGCAGUGGUCACCGAGCUGCCCCUGGAGGAGGCCGCUGCUGCCGGAGCCGCAGCCGGUUUGGGUGCCCUCGGGGGCAUGGGCAUGGGCGGAAUGGGUAUGUAGUCCCACCCCACUUUACUGCGAAUUUUUCUUGUCCAAAUUCAAAACACGGGAAUGUUUACCACACGUGUCAAAUGUAUCUAAACUGUUACCUCUGUUGUGCGCUACACUCGGAAAUACCUUGGUUUUAAAUAAAUCUAUUAAUGUCUGGAAUGCGUGAAA